GCCUACGUAACAACUGGAGCUCAGGGGUUUAUCAUUAAUUCUUUUAAAGAGCAACACAGCAGCUCGAACAAGCUUGAAGCUCUGGGCUAAUUCGCAGCUCCUAGUAUGGCAAAUGACUACACUGAAGAACCGCCAUCCAACGUGACGUCAGAGGAUGAGGAACAUAUCUAUGAACAUAUUUAUGAAACUCUGGUGUCUUCUGACAAACCACAGCUGAAUCACCAAAUGGCCCUGGAUGAGCUCAUCACUACAGAGGCUAACUAUGUGCACAGCCUUCAGCUCUGCAUUUUUGACAUCUGUGAUCACCUCCAGAAAAAACAGCUGCCUGAAAUUGACCUGGAAGGAUUGUUCUCUAAUAUAGAUGAUGUCCUGCAGGUUUCGAAACGUUUGUUGAAAGGACUUGAAACUUCUGUGAACCAGGGGCAGGAACAACUUUUUCAUAUCAGCACUUUAUUUCAAGAGCUCAAAGAAGAAAUGGAGAAUGUCUAUAAAAUUUAUUGUGGAGACUAUGACCAAGCUCUUUUACUGUUGGAUAUUUAUAGUAAGGAGCCAAGAUUGAAAAAAGAAAUCAUGGAAACUUUGACUACCACUGUGCCUCACACUGGUGCUUCGAACCUGAGCUUCUUCCUGGUGAUGCCAGUGCAACGAAUCACAAAAUACCCACUGUUGUUGCAGAAGAUUGUGGAAAACACUUCAGACUCUGACAGUGGCUAUGGAGCCCUGCAGGCUGCAGCCACUGCUAUGACAGAUGUCAAUGCCAAUAUCAAUGAAUAUAAAAGGCGGAAGGAAAUAGCAGAUAAAUAUAACAAACCUGGGUAUCUGACUCUGCGAGAACGUCUGGCCCGUAUCAAUACCCACUCCAUUGCCAAGAAGACUGCACGGUUGAGCCGCCUCUUCAUGCACGAAACUGGGAUUGUGACCAAGACAGAGGAUAAAGAGUUUGAUAAACUGGAAGAAAAGUUUCAGUCAUUGGCAUCAACUAUAAUUGAUCUGAAAGAGAAUGUGGCCUGCUUUCUAGACAACACAGAGAUGUUUCUUAGUUUCAAACCACAUGAAGAUGAAUUGGAUAUAGAAACAUACAUUACCCAACCGUAUUGUUCCCUUGCAAAAAAGCUUCACAACACCAUCUUUCCUGUCUAUAAGCAGAGGCUGGAGCACCUGGUAUAUAAGCCGCUGUGCAACUUGUCAGAGACUCUGAAGGGGCCCCAGAAUCUGAUCAAGAAGCGAUCGGAUAAGCUGCUUGACUAUGAGGAAUAUGAGGAGAAGAGGAAUGAGACGGGCAGUGUGACCUAUGAGGAGGAGGCUAUCAUGAAUACCUAUCUUGGCAUUAACUCCUUGCUUGUAUCAGAGCUUCCUACAUUCAACCAGGUGGCCCUGAAGUGGCUGACCUGCAUCCUGUGUUCUUUCGUGACUCUUCAGAGGGAUCUGGCCAAGCAAGUCCUCCAAGAGGCAGAAGGGGAGAUUCUCCAGCUGCCCCAUAGACAUCUCUCUGCAACUGAAUUUUGGAAAAUGGUAAUGGAUACUUUAAAACAGGCAGAAGAUCAGCUGUACUUUCUCCAGGAGAAGUUUGAUACUCUUUUGCCAAACCCCGCUGUGCAGCCUCUUAGCUCUGCAGAGGAGAAGAAGGUCCUUUUGCUUCUGAACAAACAUGGCCCAGAUAAGUUGUACCAGGUGACAAGCGACACCGGUGGCUGCAAAGACAUGGACUUGACUCUGCAGAGAGGGCAGAUAGUGGCUUUUUUGCAUGGCAUGGACUCCAAGGGCAACACAAACCGAUGGCUGGUUGAUUCAGGAGGUCCAAGGGGCUACAUUUCACCUGGAAAGCUACAACGGUACCAUUACGCCCCCAGCUCAAAGCCCAGAACAACAACGGUGCCCCAGGGCAAUACUGCUGGGAAAAUGCCUCCUCCUUACAACUUACCCCAAACUCCCAAUCCCCCAGCAUACUUCAGCACUCCAGUUUUACAGGUAAGUGCUGCUUAUCCCUUCACAGCCAGGAGCAACCAGGAAGUCAGUCUGCAAGCAGGCCAAUCAGUGACUGUGCUGGAACCCCAUGAUAAAAAGGGAAGCAACGAAUGGUUCUUAGUGGAAGUGAAUGGACAGAAGGGCUACGUGCCUUCCAACCACCUGGCCAUGUUACCCCCACGACCACCUGGAUGGGUUUGGCCAUUUCCAGCUCAGUAAAUGCAACUGUUAAGCUUGGUUUAGAAGUCAGCUACGUUUUCAUUGCCUCUUUUUCCCUUUUUCUUUCAUGACAUUCAAUGGGCAAAGAGGCUGACAAUGAGGCUAGGAGUCCUCUGGAAUAUUGUGAGUUUCAGUUUCAGAAAAUCAGAAUGAAUUUGUGCCAUAUUUA